AUGCUUUCUGCUAGCCCCAGCUAUAACUGCUCCUUUUUCCGUCCCGCCGACGUUGUUGAUGAGGUCGCGGUACCACUAACCUCCUAUUCUAGCAUCGCCUACCUCAAGGAUGAGCUUACACUCGACGUUCCGAUCCUCAUGAUCACCACCCCAGACGAAGAGGGUGCCGUGAUGACCUACCUCAAUGAUGACUACGUCUACGACGACGAGUUUGACUUUGCGGAUAGCGAAUCCGACUCCGAUUCUGACAACAAUGUUUUCAGCGAAAGCGAUUCUGAUAGCGACAGCGAGUACGACGAAGAGGAUUCCAUGGACGUCAACUUCAUUGUCGACCAGUACUUCAACUCUUCCGAAGCUGACACCGAAGAAGAGGACGACGACGACCUCUCAUCGAUCCUCGAUCAGUUCCCAGCUGUACCGAAGAGCGAGUCGGAGGAUGAUAGCUUGAGCUCCAUUAUUAACCAAUUUCCUAAAGUUCCUCUGAGCGUUCGUUUAGUAGAUGAGGACCAAGGCGAAUCGCUUAUGCUCUCAAAUGGAUGGAGCAAAUUGAUCGAGUCUCUCGAAGCCGAGAGCAAGGCGACUGAAUACAGGAAGUCGGAGAAAGGUGAGGCGUGGUGGACCGGUGCCGCUGCUUCGCAGGUCGCGCAGGUAAAGAGCGAGACGACCAGAAAGUUCAAGUGCAAUGACGGUGAAGCGUGGUGGAAAAUGGAGGGCAUGCAGGCGAAGAGCGAGAAGGCGAGAAAGUUCAAGUGCAACGACGGCAAGGCGUGGUGGAAGUUUUAA